AUGGAUCCUACCACGAUUGUCGAGGCAGCCAAUCCGCGGGUGCCACGUGGAAGCGUGGUGGAUGAGAAGCAGAAAGUGCUGCGAACAGUGCAAGACAUUCUGAACAAGCUCACACCUGAGACGUUCGAUCCGCUUUUUCAGCAGCUCCUGACAACUGGCAUCAACACACCUGAGAUCCUCCAGCUGAAUGUACACUUCACAUCAACUAAACCCCCCUUCUCCCCCUCCCAUCUUUCCCCCCUCCCCUCUUCCCUCGCUCCCCUCUUCCCCCGCUCCCCUCUUCCCCCGCUCCCCUCUCACCCACCUUCUCCCUCCCGUCACCUCACCCCCUCUUAA